CGUGUACUUGUUUGAACAGUCUACAACCUCUACAAACAAUCCUCCUUCUCCAACUUCAACGCUGCUGGUCAUACGCUCUCAACCAUGGCCGAUACAGCGGAUGAACCCCCGAGGAGUUCUAGCCUUGACACACCUCAUGCCGCCGCAUGCAACCACCACGACACACCGCGAGCUGGCUACUGCAGCUGUAUCACACGCGCGAAGAGACUCUGCAGCCGGCGUGCCAAGUUCACAAGCUUGGAACAUCUACCUGCCUGUGGCAUACACCAGUUCUAUGUAGGACGGGCCGGACAGUGUCAAGCCACAGAAGAAUGUGGCCAGCUUUGCAAUCGCCUCACUCCUUACAACGCUCCAUAUCAUCUCUGCGACUCACACAUAGGCACAACAACACUUCCGUCCUACCUCAUGCGACUCCCAACCGAACUACGUUUGAUGACCUUUCGUUAUCUCUUUCCGGAGGUCAUCGACGUUAGCACCGAAGGCACCAAGCGCGUUCGUAGUGCUAUCCUCAAGGUGAACCGCCAGAUUCACGAAGAAGCCUCUUCAGUUCUAUACGGCGAACUGCAAUUCAAAGCAACAGUUUCCUCAACAUACAUUCACUUCCUUGGCAAGUACUGGUUCCGGCAUAUGCAUACAUUAGCCAAACAGUUUUGUCAAGCUGGCGCCCGAAGAAUCCUAAAUCUUGAUAUUGAGAUCUCUUUCAGCAACGCAUCCAGGGCGCCUAGAGGAAUCGAGAUGUUUGGAAUCAGCCGAGAGGAGCAAGAGCUGUAUGAGCUCAGAGACAGCGUACGCAAGCUUGUCGGCAUACUGAAGCCAUCAUCAACAUCGUCAACCAAUCUGCCAACGCUCAAACGACUAGAAGUAAGCUCAGAUUUUCAAACCCGAUAUCGGUGGAAAUCUGACGAGCUUAUCGCAGCUCUCUUCUUUGUCUUAGGACCUUUCCGAGACCUAGGCAAAGUCGAAACACCUGUACUAACCCUUCCCUCUACAAAAGUCCUGUCACCCUACACUCCCUUUUACCAUGAGAGCAGGAGAGCUAUUGCGGAUGCAAGGCAGAGCGAAACGUACCGCCAGUUGAAGAAGAAGUGGUCGAGGUCGAUGAAGUGUACAUCUCCAGCCAAUGGUAACGUCCAAAGCAACGCGAUCGUCCUGCAAAAGGCCUUCCAGAAGAUCGAGGACUUCUUCCAGCUCCUUCAAGGUCCAGAUUCGGGCAGAGAAGUUUGGACAUCUACAGUUUUCCAAUACUUCGAAUGCCCCUUACAUCUUGCUCGUGUAGCCUACGAAAACGGUGAUAUCGAGAGUAUCAACAAAAUUCAAGACGCUAUCAGUAUAAGAUGGAUCAACGCCCACCGACGGCAGCAGCGAUCUUUGCAGACAGUUGCAAACUGUAUAAGCAGUAUGUUCGACAGUUGUGAUACCGGGGGCGAGAAUGAAGAAGACCAAGACAAGAAGCCGAGUCUACCUGAACUCCAUCCAGACGCUUUUGUUUUCGAGGAUGUAGAGCCGCUCACGCCAAUCGACGAUUCUAGUUACAGAUGGCCGGAGUUGAGCGCUGAGGAUACCGCUCCCAAGCGCAGCGAUCGUGGUGUUGUCGUCAAGGACGACGGCUUCAGGUUGUGUAUUCGCAAGGGAGGUAAAGAGUGGGUACGGCUGAAGACACCAAGGAUGGUACGAGAGGCUCGAACGGGGACCCGAUCUACUUAAGGAGCAUUAGUUAGUGUUCAAAGAACGGGAGGACAUUAUCCGGUGCCUAGACCUCUGUCGGUUUGGGCCAUCUCCUGUUCAAGUACUCCAGGCGAUGAGUGUCGCGUCGUGUCGCGUCUUUUGAACAUUUCCAAGUAUUUUAGGAACAAGCCAGACUUACCACCAAGCAUGUCCUAGAUGGCCUAUAUCUUCAAAGCAACUUCGCG